CUUUUCUUAAUCUACUUUAUGCCUUAAUCACUUUACCUCACUCAAAUUCCUCAUGGUGGACUUUUCAACUAGAAUUUCAAUCAUAGUCCUUUUAUUAAAAAAAAUAUUCAUUGGUGAUGGUGAUCGUCAUAUAUAUCAUACCCUUUAAAUCAACAUCCACUCUUUGCAAAUGUUUCACUGAUUUUUUACCAAAACAAAACAAAAAUCGUAUCAUUGAGGUCUGGUGUUGUGUAGAAGGUGUAUGUACUCUUUCCUGAACAUGGAACAAGACAAGGUGAUUCUGCUGGAUUUCUAUCCGAGCAUGUUCGGAAUGAGGGCGAGAGUUGCGUUCGCAGUGAAGGGCAUCGAUUACGAGCACAGAGAGGAGGACUUGCAAAACAAAAGCCAGCUUCUUCUCGAGUCCAACCCCGUUUACAAGCAGAUCCCCGUUUUGAUCCACAACGGCAAACCUGUUUGUGGAUCGUUUAUUAUUGUAGAAUACAUCGAUGAGGUGUGGAAGGACAAAUCCCCGACACUGCUGCCUUGUGAUCCUUACCAACGAGCUCAAGCGAGGUUCUUGGCUGAUUAUAUAGACAAAAAGGUAAUGGAAACCGGAAAUUGGAUAUGGUGUGGGGAGGGAGAAGAGAAAGAGGCCGGUAAGAAGGGGUUCGCGGAGAUCCUGAAACAUAUGGAGUCGGAUCUCGGCGAUAAGCCCUUCUUCGGCGGCAACGGCUUCGGGUUUUUGGAUGUGGUUUUGAUCACAUAUUCUCCAUGGUUUCAGACCUACGAAACAUGCGGCAACUUCAGCAUCCAACAAGACUAUCCCAAACUGAAUUUAUGGGUAAAGAGGUGUUUGGAGAUAGAAAGUGUGUCUAAAUCGUUGGCAAAUCCCGACAACGUUUACAACUACUAUUUGACUCUUAAGAAAAAGCGCGGCGUUUAAAUUUAUGUUCGUUUAUCAAUAAUAAAAAAAAAAGGACUAGCAUUCACUGGUCUUGUGUCAAUCAUGAUGUAUUUUUCAUGGGAAAUUAAUUAAUGUAGUGUUGUACGAUAUUUACUUUA